AUGGAGGAGGAGAACCGGGUGAAUGGACUGAGCCCUGAGAGGAGGAGCUCAAACUGGGGUCGAAUCGCCCUGCUGGACAAGACCAAAGAGUUCUUUAGGACCUGCGACGUGGAAGGCAAAGGCUUCAUUACCCGCAAAGAUAUGAGGGUCAGAGAAAUGAACUGUGUGGUGUUUUUUCUGCAGUAUUUUGUUGAAGUGGAAAGCUUUUUCAGGUUCAGAGCACUGCUGUGAAUCUGAACUUUAUUUGAGAUCAGAGUUUCUAUUUUUGGGGGAGUAGGCUGAAGAUCAACUUUUGAAUUAUUUACUUAAAGCUCCAGUGAGGAGUUUUUUGAUGUCAGUGAAAUACACUGAAAGUCAUACUGAUGCCUUUAUAUGGUAUACAAAAGCAAGCAAGACUAUCAGUGACAAGAGUGAUGAUUUUCAGAUCUUGAUUUUUACGCUUGAAACCGAUGUGAGGGGGUCGGUGUCAACCAAGUAUCUGAAGGGAAAGCCCUGUUCUCACAUUAACUGCAUAAAAUAUGAACAAUAAACAAUUCAUUCGACUAUCAAAAGACAGGAGGAUUAAAUACUGUCAGGAAAACACAACUUUGAUAAGUAGAUUACAGGAUAAUUGACAUAAACCAAAAGUUCCUCAUUGGAGCUUUUUAUUCAAUGACACUUUGUGUGGAAGUUCUUGGAGCUCAAAGUCAUUUGUUGGGUCUUGAGAGCUGGUUGCCAUGGUGCCAUUAACUAUUUCACUUUGCGGAAAGUAAGGAAUUGGUUGCCUAUUCCUCUAAUUUACAGGGGAGGUAUUAAUUAUAGUCUGAUAUACUAAUCUAAUGGAUACUUUUAAUUGAUAAAUUUGGUACUAAUUAAUUCAAACUCACAGCAUCUUGGUUCUUGUUCUGGUUGUGUUUAAAAAAAACAUUGGCUAGCAAAGGUUGUAAGUUUUUCUCGUAUAUGGGAGGUAUUUACUACUUUGUUAAACAGAUCAGACUCAUACAUGCUCUGUUGGCUAAAAGCGGUGUUCUAAGUCUGCUCAAAUGGUGCCAGUUGCAGCUCUUUCAAGAAACUGGCAACCAAAGGUGAUUAGUGGUUGCCAAGUUUUCUUGUUUACUUGAGGAGACAUCAAUUAGUUCUCGAAAAUGUGCCAAUGUGUCAUCAACAAAUCAUUCUCUUACUAGAAUUUGAAACUCAGACUCACUUCUAAACUAUUUACUGCUGUUUUGUUGCAAAUUAAGAUGCAACAAUACCCCCCCAACAACAAAUCAAUCACAGCCUUAAAUAUUUGACCAGCAUGUUUUCACUUAACAAACUGGCUGCAACUUUCAAAAGUGAACGUCAAGCCACAUCUGCUGAAAACAUUGGAAACAAACCAAGUUAAAGUACCUGUAAUUUUUGAGCAAAAAGUAGAAAAAUCUUUACCAGUUAUCAAACUAGUCUCUGUUUAGUUUUUUCCCCUCAUAUUUUUCCAGAGAAUUUUGUUUUCCACUGACACACUCACAAUUCGCCCUUUUAAUUUCAUGGCUGCGUCAAGCCUCGGCUAAGAUGAACAAAAGGUUAGGCCUAUGCUUUUACCUGCAGCAUAAUGUAGUGCCCUGCAGUGAAACACUCAGCGUCACUGUUGCUGCUUUUUCAUGAUUCUGUGAUAUUUUUUCUGUUACAUCACCUUUGUUAAAGAAGCCCUUCACCCACUCAACACGCUUAGAGCCAGUGAAGCACCAUUGAUGGAAAUGUUUACGAGUAUAGGUUCAGCUCACUCACACAUAAAACUACACCUACUCCAGGAACAAUACUCGCACGCCUCUUCAAAGUGUUAACAAUGUCCGAGCUGUGUUGUCAGUUAAUUAGAACAGGGCCCUUGUGAGCAUCACAUCUUUUCAGUUGUUGUUUGUGUUGAGCGUUUCUAAGAAAAGCUUUGCACAUGAAACAGCCAGUUGGUGCUAGUGUUUAUCCUGCCUGAUUUGUAACACCAUGGAGUCACAUGGGAAUCAUUUUCAUGUUUCAUUUGUAGAUCUAGAUAUUAUUUACGGACUCAUGACAGUUACUCACUCCUAACUUGUCCGUCUGUUGUCCUUCGCCCUAUAUAACAGCAUUGUAAUGUCUUGUGUGUUUAUGUUUUUACCCGGCAGAGACUCCACAGAGAGCUGCCGCUGUCUGCAGAGGAGCUGGAGGAUGUGUUUGACUCUUUAGAUACAGACCAUGCUGGCUACCUCACGCUAGAGGCAUUCUCCUCUGGAUUUAGUAGGUGUCCUGCAGGUCUUUAGCAUUUAGUAUCAUACAGCUCACAUUAACUUUGAGUAGUUUGUAGUAGUCUGCCUAAUCUGGAUCAAAUUACAUUCAAAUGUGGCACUAAGUAAUGUGAUUUAAAUAAGUAAAAGCAGAUUAGCAUGAAAAAAUGGGCCUAAAUGGAUUGUGAUAUGCUAUAUAGGCUGUUUCUUUGUGGGUGAGGCUACAGCAUUUUGGCUAACCAGACACCGAAUUGGCUAGAAGUGAAAAUAUGCGUGUCACAACCAUAGACUGUAUAUACUAUGGACAACUUGGUUCUGCCUUCCACCAGUAUACGGAUUUGAAGCCGAAAAGCUCUCGGUAAUUCCACGUUUUUUCUCCAUUUCCUGAAACCAACAUUGGCAGCAGCGUUGUUCGCACUCCACCACUUGUGCAGUAGCAUUGUACACAUUCGGCGGGAGAGUCUCCGAGGGUCGCUGUGAUGAUGCUCGGCUCAAACAGCGUACCCCCGGUUGAGCUACGCAGUCUCUGUACGCCCAUAGGCUGUAUCAAAUGUCAAUCGUAGAAAACAUGAACCUCCAAAUAACUUUUAAAAACAAGGACUUGAGCACAAACCAGUCUUACAAUAACUACAUGUCAACAUCGCAAUCAGGGGGAGAAAAAUUUCCCCAGCCCCAUAAGGAUGUCUGGCAGAGGUGGGAUUUAUGACCUAUACUGCAGCCCGUCACCAGAGGGUGCUGUUUUCAGAGUGGCUUCACCCAGCGAGGAGGCAGAUGCUGUCCAUUCUAUAUACAGUCUACGGUCAAAAUACUUAAAGUUAGCUUUUAUAUUGUUUGCCUGUUAUUAGCUUUUAGAGUUAGCCUAAACUUUUCCAGCGUGCUAAGUUAUCGAAGUGUGCAUUUUAGCUAAAGCUAAUGCUAUUGCCAAAAUGUCUGAAGAUACUGAGGUAUUUGACAACAGAUGCUUUGAUACACCCAUGUUUUCUCUCUAUGUGGGCACAUCUUAGGUCAGUUCCUCCAUGGUCGGAGGAUUUCUGUGGCUGAUGAUCAAAUACAGGUCCCAGGCUCUGUCUUUGGAGCCAAAGAGGCCUUUUAUCAGAGCCAAUGGGAAGCUAAGCUGUCAGGAGUUGAAGACGAGGAGGAGAGGCACUUCUGUAUGCUGCUGGAAAGCCUGGGGGCCAUUAAUGUAUUCGAAGAGUGAGUAUAAUCACUAUCAUUUGAUGUAGUGUUCCUUUAUGUGUUAAAAUCCUGAUCAGGUGUUGAUUUUUGAUUCUCUGCAGCCCAGGCGAGGUGCGCAGUCUGUGGGCUCAGCUCCGACGUGAUGAGCCCCAUCUGUUGUCCAAUUUUGAGGAGUUUCUAGCCAGGGUCACCCACCAGAUUAAAGAUGCCCACCAGGAGAAGAAGGACAUGGAGAGCGCCCUCCAGAGGUAACCCAAUGAUUUUGCACUCAUCACUCAAACUGACAUAUAAUACCUUUCCAAAUUUGCUUUUUUGAGCUUUUUCUUACCCUGACACUGUAAGAUGAGCUCAGAGGAGGGGGGCAGCCAUAUUGCUAACUCGUUUCCCCACACAUACAGUAUUAAAGAACCAGACAGAGCAAAUGUUUUUCUCUGUAAAUGACAUAACAGUGAGUUUGUGCAUUUGAGAGCGUUUGUAUGGAAUUACCUGUAAGUCUCUGUAAAACAACCCUUCAUCCAUGUCACAUGACCACUAAUCUGAAGCCUGACCACCUUCUACAUGAGUGAGAAUUAAUUUAUGUUGUGCCUGAAGGGAUAUAAAAACCAUUGAGAAGUAUAAUAAAUAUUAAACCAUGUAUUUAAUCUUUUUUUUUUUCAUUAUAUGCAGGGAAAUAUGUUUGAAGAUAAUAUCAAAGUUCAGAGCGCUGAAAGGAUUGAAGCUUUUGUAGAACCUGGACAUGUAUUUUUCCCAUGGUACCGCAUAGUACAGCUUAUUUUAUCCUCUAGACUUCACUAAUUGGCUGUUUAGGUCUUAACAAUUGACAGAAGGGAUGUAAAUACCAGUCGGUGUUCUUUUGAAAAUCAAGCUUAGUAGCUACAUGUGUGUGUGUGUUCCUGUGUUUACAUGUUACUGCAGGUACCGAGGGUAGAAUUCAACCUUUAAGCUCAGCCGAGACAACAAAGCUGCUCUGUUCUUAGAUAUUAUAUUAUAUCCUACAUCCUAUCUCUGACUGAUUCACCUAAACCUUCAAGUGUUUUUCCUUGUUUGCAGACGUGCUGCAACACACGACAGCGAGAUCCGGAAUUUAUACGAAGAGAUGGAGGCACAGAUCAAAAAUGAGAAAGAGAGGCUGCUUCUGAAGGUGCGAGGAAUCAAACACAAGCCACCACCCCCCCUUUAGAAAAAACACAGUAACGCUUCUUUAAGCUGGUAAUAGAUGCAGAUCACAUUAUUAAAAAAGUGACUGAAUUUUGCCAGAAAAUUCUGAACUACUCAUGAGUCUCACUCAUGAGUAGUUCAUCUUCAGUUUGUGUCUUCACUCUGCAGAAUUGUUUAAUAUAUAUGCAGAGAUUUUGAUACGAAAAAAAUUAAAUUCUCAUAGUAACCUUUCCAAAUACUUUUAUAAAUGUCCAGGUUUAAUGCUCCUUUGUCAUUUAUCUGUAACACGAAUUCCAUAGUUUUUGGGAUAAUAAUCUUUGGAAUAAACAGUUUCAAUCGGAGCCAAUUAUUAAUAAACUUUUCAAAGCCAACUUAAGAUCAAUUUAAUCCCCCUUCUUCUUCCACAGAUAUUUACAUUUUUAUAGGAAGGCUAAGAUACACUUUGUGCUGAGAAAUUCAAAUGAAGAGAUUUACAAGAUCUGCAGUCUAGAUGUUCCCAUUUGAGCGCAGAAGUCAUGUAGUUUUAACAUUUUACUGCAAGGUAGUUGAACAUUUUGGUGAAAGAACAGGACAUUUUCCUUAUAACUUAUAUCCUAUGCCUUCUCUUUUCAAUCUUUAACUUUGUUUGUUUUUCAUGCAGGACUCUGAGCGCCUUCAGGUGCGCAGUCAGGAGCUGGAGGUCCAACUGUCUUCAAAGGAGAAAGAGCUGGAGCAUCUUUUCCAGAAGCAGAAAAGAGUGAGUUUUGUGUAUUUCGGGAUUUUAAUACUGGUAGACAUUUAAAGCUCCUGUGAGAAUUUUUUGGUUUGUGUUCACUUUGGUGCACCUUGUGGACAACGCUGUCUUUGCUAAUCUGGUCCUCUACACAGUUAACCCUUUAAUGCCUGAAACCACAAAUUAUGGCCAGAAAAUUCAAUUGUUUUAGGAGCUGAAAUGUUUUUCUAACUUACUACUGAAAACCCCCAAAAUCAAAAUGUCCUUAAAAUUUAACAAAUAUAUAUUUUUUUUAUCUUGUUUGAUACAGUAGAUAUUUUUGGAAACUAAUAAACCACAAGAGGACAUUUUUUUCAUUUAUCGGACUGUAUUCAGGUGUUUUUUAGUAAUUUGCUGAUCAUAUAGAAGUAUCAUAAAAUUAUGUAUUAAAUAGAAUACAAAAGGCAAUAAAGGGUUAAGUAGUGCAAAAAAUCUCAUCCUGCUGACUUUCAACAGUCAAUUAUAUAAUGUAUUGUGAACAGAUUACAUUGAAUUAGUAAAAAUUAGGUUAUUUCUCGAGCUGCUCGCCUGACUCCUACCCCCUUUGUAGAAGUUUCAAGCAUUGAAAAUGAUUUUAAAGAAACCGUCACCCUUGUCUCUGAUGGUUUUGUUUGCUUUUGGAUAUGAUGAAAAGACAUCAUUAUGACUUUCAAUCUGUUGCAUUUAUAUAAAAAAAACUACUGAUAGUAGCUUUAAUGUUCCUCAAAACUGAACACACACCACUAUUGAAAUAAAGAGAGAAAGGGUACGUUGAAAAUGAAGAAAAUUUCAACAGAGAGAUUGCACUUUCAUAUAGAAGAUGCAGAGGGAUGUAUUUAUUUUAAAGGAAAAUAAUACAAGUUAGGAUGUGUCUGGAUCCAUCUCUUUCAUUUGGUUUUGGAAAAAAACAUCAAAGGAUACUUUUUUUUUUUUGUUCUAAUCAUUUUCCUACUUUCUUACUUAACUCAUUUAUGCAUAUUCAUCGCCCUAGCUGUUUAUUGGUUGUGAAAAGGGGAGUGAACUGAUACAGAAAAGCACAGUGUACUGAUGUGUUUCUGUAGUUGACUUAAAUGUACUGACUUUUGUACAGACUGGAAAAUAAAAAGAUAUAGGGGGGAAAAUGAGCCCAGAAGGUAUUAGUCAUUCCCUAUAGAUUACCAGCAUUGCAGGGAGGGGUUUAAACAGCAGCCAUACAGUCUGGCUCCCACUGUACAUAUACUUCAAGUGCACUCUGACAGCUUUAACACUUCAUUCCUGUGAACAUUUACCCCUCUCUCUCUCCCUCUGCCUGCAGUUAGAGCUCCAGUGCCGGGAGCUGAACAGCGAGAAACAGGAGAGCCAGGUGGAGAACGUUAAACUGAAGAUGACCAACGAUGAGCUGUCUCGCGCGCUGGAGACCACGAGCCAGGAGCUGGGGCUGGCCCAGGAACAGCUGGCUGCGCUGCAGGAGCAGGCCGCAAGACUGCAGCAGGAGAAGGAGAUGUGGGUAUACCUUCAUACUAGAUGACCUCUAUGUAGAAGAAUCCUGACUGUAGAGUGUUAAAGUUUGUCAUUUUACUCUUCCAGGGAGAUGUACAGAGUGACUGAGGGGCUCCAGAGAGAGAAGCAAAGCCUCAUGAAGCAGCUUGAUCUCCUCAGGUAACAAUAAAGGCAUCUCAUGAGAAAAGAUCAAACCUUGGUUGCAAUUAGUCUUAAUCUUUUUAGAUUCUGCUUCACCCUUAAUUGGUAAAUCUCUUAAAUCUGAGGCUCUUUAUGCUCAAGUUUCCAAAGCAGAUUCCUCCCUCUCAUUUCUCUUCUCCCUCCUCCCAGGGAGAUGAACAAGCAUUUAAAAGAUGAGCGAGAUAUAUGCUGCGGAGUAGUGAGUAUAUGUUUAUCUAACCUCAGUGCUGCAGCAUCUAUCUUUGUAUUAACCGACUGAUAAAAAUAACAUACCUCUGUUUGUUUAAAAUUAGCCACGGAGCUCGCUCAGGAAGAAGCAGAAGCAGAGAGCGGGCCUAGCUGAUAUGUUCGACGACACCAGUCAGCCGCUCAGAAGGUGAUUUAUUCUUCUUUUACACAAAUCAUCUCUGUUAGAGUGUUUCCUGGGUGACAGAGGAGGAUACCCGCUAUGGUGUGAUGUGAAAAUCAUGUGUUGGAGAAGGAAAAACAGAGGAUAUCUGAUUCUAUUCACUUACAACUGAACUAAAUUAACAUUUUGGUUUAUAUUAGAAUAAAAUCAGACACAUUGAGUGCCAGAUUUUCAUCUAAAACAAGUGAAUUGACACAGUAUAUCCUCUGUUUCUCCUCUGUUUUUCAAAGAGCCCCACUGUUGGUGGAUGGGUCCUACCAGUCUCUGGAGGCCUUGCCUAUAGAGCACCUUCAAAUCGUGUUUGUUGCUUCCUCCUCCAGCAGCGAGGACGACACAACCGCCAUCACUCAGUCCUAUGUAAACACUAUAAGCGCUGCUGCCACGUGUCAGCAAAGGCCCGCAGCAAAGAAAACCUCAGGGUUGACCAACGGCUAUGCCAACCACGCGCCAACGCCGAAGACCAACGAUGUGAAAGCAAAGGCGAAAAAAUCCCCUUCAAAGAUGGCCGCCGUUAAGAGGACGACAGGGAAAAGCAGAGAGAGAGCAAAGAGAACAGAAAACCAGAAGAAGACGGGUGUAGAUGAGGAGGUUUUGGACUCCCCUCCAGACGGGUGGCCCUUAAGAAGAGUCAUCUCCAUCGAGGAGGACCACCUGCCCCACCUGCUUCAAGGAGGGCCUCAACCUCUGCUGCACCAGCUCAGCGAGGAAGACGACGAAGUGGACGAGGAGGAAGAAGAGGAACAUCAGAGCGACUUCGAAACAAGUGUCAUCGUAGCUGCAGACGCCACUGGCACUCCCUCCUCGAGUCAUGCUUCGGUCUCUACAGCUGGAGAAAACACUCCUGCCAGGAAACACAACUUCAACCGAGCCAAGACACCCAUGUCCCCAAGAGGACAGCCUGUCGGGAAGGAAACCCAGCAAGUACGUCCCCAAACUUUAGGCUAUGAAUACACGUUAACUCAGUAAAAAUACACAUUAACAACUUUCACCCUUUUUCUGUCCCUCCGACUUUGGGUUUUUGUCUUCAGAGGGUAAGAGAAGGAGAGCUGCUCAUCCCUGAUCGCCUCUUUAAAGUGGUUCUGGUUGGCAACUCAAGUGUAGGCAAGACGUCCCUGCUCCGCUCCUUCUGUGAGGGCCGUUUCCACUCUUCCACAACUGCUACUGUGGGUGAGAAGAGAAACACUACACUUGCAUUGUUUUGCUGUUUUGUUUUGUUGUGUAUGUGUGCACAAAAGUGUCAGAGGCUUGUUUCGUGUUUUUCUUUUUUGUGGAUGCUAACACAGAGGAUCGAAGGGCGACUUAGCAUCACAUGAAUGGGCUUGUGAAGUCACACUGGCUGUCUUAGAGCCCUGGCACACAUUGUACUGCAGAUUAUGUCACUUCUGAUGACUUUUUUUUCCCUGGUCGCUUUCAUCUCUUUCCAACUCUCACUCAAGCCUCGUUAUCUCCGCUUUGUUUCACGCUUCUCCUCUGAAAUGAGGCACAGUUGGUUUGAAGCCUCACUUAGCCCCCUGGUGGUCAUUUUUUUUGUCUGUGUAGCUUUGAUGAGAACAAUAAAUAAGACUUCAACAAAAAAUAAGAGCGGGGGCACAUAUAUCACUAUCUAAUCAUGAAAAUAAGGGACAAACGUUAUCUCAUUUUAACUGUAUACUGUGAUUUAACCAUGUGACUUUCAGGUAUUGACUACAGUGUGAAGACUCUGACCCUGGACAACAUGCAGGUGGCCAUCCAGCUUUGGGACACAGCAGGUCAAGAGAGGUGAGCUUUUGUGUAUUUUAAGCCACAGAACCAUAACUUGUGUUUUCCCUCUUAAAAAAAAAUUAACAGAAAUUUAAAGGGGAGGUAUUCUGCUCAUUUUCCAGCUCUAUAUUGUCUCUCAUGAUUUACAGCUCAACAAUGUCUUAACAUAUUUCAGGCUGCUGUCUUUGAAAACACUCAUUUCAGCCUCUGUCUGAGGCUUUUCAUUUUAGACACUGUCCCUUUAAGGCUCCCCAACAUUCCAGAAACCAGCAUUCUGGAAACCUCCUUCACUGUUGCCAUGCAAAAAAGUCGUGUUACUACAAAUAAAAUGACAAAUUCAGCCUUUCGAGGUGCUUCACUGUCUGGUAAUGUCUCGAUCUGACCAAAUCUCAUAUUAAUCUUGCUUAAUUCUCAUGUGCUACUUUGCUCAUGUUUUAUGUUUGAUGUCCAACAUUUUACCUAAACAUUUGAUUUCCAAAUAUGGAAAAAGCGAAGUUCCAGUGUAUUUGACUGAAAGCAGCAGCACUGAAUAUUUUAGUUCUAUUCUGAGGAAUAGUUAAAAGAGAAGAGCUAGAGGAUCUGAGAGAAAGUUCUACUUCAUAAAGUAACAGUGUUCUGAAGAUGUAAUCUGAUGCGAGGUCAUGAAGUGCCUUAUAAACAAGUAAAAGAACUUUUAAAUCAACACGAAAACCAACAGGCAGCCAGUGCUAAGACUUUGAGAAUUGGUGUACUUUGUGCUCUCCUUCUGGUCUUUGUCAGCACUCGGGCUGAGGUACUUUGAUUUAACUGCAUUUAUUGUGUUCUUUGGUAGACCAGAGAGGAGAGUAUUACAGUCGUCUAGCCUGCUGGGUUUGAAAGCAUCCAUUAGUCUCUCUGUGUUCGCCUCACCGAAGAAAUGUUCUUUAGGUGAUAAAAUCCGGCUUUUGUUACCGAUCAUACACCUGGUCUAAAAUCCAAAGUACAACAGCACCCUGUCUUAUGUGUGACUGUUUUUAAAUAAAAAAAGGGAUUGUGUUCAUAUUAUACUGCAUAUAAUGUAUCAUUAGUCCAGUUUGAUUUGACACAUUUCUAAUACAUCCUAAUACAUCCACAGGUUCCGCAGCAUAACAAAGCAGUUUUUCCGCAAGGCGGAUGGUGUGGUGGUGAUGUACGACAUCACUGUGGAGGACAGCUUCUGGGCUGUGCAACCAUGGCUCAACAAUGUCCAGGUCUGACCUUUGACCCCACAAUUUCGUAGCAUUUUUAAACAAUUUUUGAGUUGAUAAAUAUGUAGUCUUUCCCAAAACUUGGUUUCAUGUCUUCAGGUUUGUAUUGUACUAUCACUCAUAACAGUUUAAAACUACUGUGAGGAGUUUUCAGUCAGAUCCAAAACAGACCGAUGUUUAGACUGAUGCCUCUUUAUGACAGACAAGAGCAAACCCAAGCAUUAGGGACAAUGGUGGCUAUUUCUAUGUGAGUGUUUUUGUUGUCAAAAACUGAUGGCGGGGGGUAGGUGUCAGAUGGACUGAUUACCGUAAAGCUACUAAAACAGCCUUUGAUUAAAUUUCCCAAGGCAAUGAUGUUAAAAUACACCUGGGUGAGAUUCUUUAUGAGAGAAUAUAUGCACAGGCCAAAAUCAGCAAAACUAGAGAAGGUACCCCUUUAACCACAAGAGGGCGCCAGAAUCAACACAGAUCAAAAGUUCCCCACAGGAGCUUUAAGACUCUAGCGAGGAACUUUUGUUUUUUGUCAAUUUUGGUGCCUCCUGUGAUGACGCAGCUUUUGCUUAUAUUAUCAUUUACAUGCUUGAGUUUUGUCUGCUGACACUUCUUGUCAUCUCUCUGACUUCUGAACAUCCAAUUUGUCAUUAAUUUUGAAUACUUCCCUCAAAUAUUUUAAAAUGUGUCUGUUUCUUCAGCCAGCAUCUACCACCCCACACCUUGCCACUGAUGGUCUUAUUUGCUUUUGUACACCAUAAAAAAGGAUCAACAUGAAUUUCAAUCAAAUUGUUUAUAUAAAAAAAUCCUUAUAGGAGCUUUAAAUAGGUUGUAAUGAAAAAUUAAAUGGUAGUCUUACCUUCAGAAGUCCCAGUAAACCAUUGUGAUAUAGUUUCUUAUUUCCUUUUUCCAUUUAACUUUAUACAGCUGAAUGUCUUCUGUAACAAAUGUUCGACUGAAUCAUUAAAAAACUGAUUUUCAGGAAGCAGCAGGAGAAGGAGUCCCUAUCCUCCUUUUGGGCAACAAAAUGGACAUGGAUGGCCAGAGGGAGGUUUCAUUCAGAGUUGCUGAGCAACUGGCUUAUGUGAGUGAAUCUCAGAGCUUGUGAAUUUGAUUUCUCAUUUUCUCACAAAAUAACAACAAAAUCAGAAAAACAGCCUUGUUUUUGCCGUUCUGUGAAUAUUUAAUGCAGGAAAACAGGGUGAUCUUCUUUGAGGUCAGCGCCUACACAGGCAAGAAUGUGACUGAAUCCCUGACGCACCUGGCCAGGUAAGAUGAAUCAGUCAUCGUUUGGUUUGAAUUAAUCAUGAAUAUCUCACAACACUUUCCUCACUCUUAGUUCAAUUUUGUAAAAAGACCAAAUAUUCAUCUGCUACAAGAAAGUGUUUGGAAGGGUUUUUUAAUGCACUGUUAUCUCGUGAUAACGACUUUUUAUCUUAUCUCGAUAUAACAAAGAUUGUUUUCUCGUGAUAAUGACAUUUUUCCGUUAUCUUGACAUAAAAAAGAUUGUUUUCUUGUGACGUUUUAGCUGACUUAAAAUGGUAACUUUUCAAAAACGCCUUUCAGAGCGGGGUAUAUUUGAAACGCCACAGCCCCUGUUGGCAACAAUAAGCCGGGGUUUACUGUAGGAACAAACAUCUGAAAGUGGGAAAAACUGAUCAAAUAUAAAUCUAUUCACACUACUUUAAAAAAUUGACAACUUUGAUGGAGGCUACAUGGACAAUUUUCUUUUCUUCUCUGUGAAUGACACCAUGUUUUGUGUUUGUUUGUUCGUACUUAUAUUUUUCUUUAAAUGACUGUAUGUUUUGUUUCUGUUAGGUUAAAAAAUGCAAAUAAAAUUUAAGUUAAAAAAAAACAACAACAACAAAAAAACCAGUAAUGAAAAACGGUAACAACACGGUCCACUUUGCGCAUGCACAUUUUACUUUCAAUAUGAUAAGACUUAACUUCCACGAGCGAAUCAGACAAUAACUGUAACAAUGGUGGACACAUUAUUAAUUGAGUUGUUAUUACGAGAAGAUGGUCUUUGUUAUGCUGAGAUAACGAAAUAAUAAGUGGUUAUCACGAGAUAAGACUGCAUAAAAUAAAAAAUCCACUGCCGUUUUCAUCUUCUGUAGUUUGGCUCUCCAACAAAAAAACAAACUUUUUAAUAGGCAAAAACCUAAAAUUGAACCACAGUCAGUGGUUAUCGGCCAUCUGGUGAAACCAGCUGGACGUAGAGCAAAAGAGAGAAAAAAAACCUAAAAGAAGAAAUAGAUGAAGAAACAAAACAAAAGGAUUAAAUGCAAACAGACAAAGAGAGAGAGGAAAGUGGGGACAGGCCACUGUAAGCUUUUAGCAGCAUAACUCUAGUGCAGUCCAAGGAAAACCUUAGCUGGGUAUAAAUUCACAUAUAUAUAAUUUAUCUGCUUAUUUGGUGUUUACUCUCUAUCCUAGGGUAUUAAUCCAGCAGGAGGACAGAGUGAGAGAGAAAACAGUCAUCCUCAGUAACCAGCCCGUAAAGAGGAGGGCCUGCUGCAAGUGA